UUCUGUGUUUUGUGACUCAGCCCGUGUGUUCGUCGUGACUUAAAACUCUUCGUUUGACAUCUUUAAGGAGAUGUUGACAGAUUUUACGCAGCUCAUUUGCGCUCUCAGCUCCUCAUAGUUUCUCUUCCUCCGUCGUUUGCGUUUUGAGGAGUUCACGAGUCUCUGUGUUUCUGACUUGAAGGAACAGAAAGUGAGGUGAAGGUCAGCGCGAAGAGACCCGUCUGGGGAUGGAGGAGGAAGCUCCAGUCAAGCCGUCGGUGGCCCAGUUGGCUGGAAAACUCAAAGCUCAUGCACUGCCAAUGCCAGGAAACAUGGAGGUGAAGUCUAUGAGGAGACCCCCAUGUUCUCUGGCCAUUAAUGACCAAAAAGAUGAAGAACAUGAAGAGAAGUCAUCUGUUUGUCCUCAUCCUGCUAAGAUCAAGAUGAAGAGUUCACCACUCAUAGAGAAACUACAGGCCAAUCUCGCUCUGUCUCCAACCGUCCUGCUCUCUCCACCAAAAAGCCCUGAGUCCAAACAGCCACCCUCUGCGGCCAUCAGCCCGUGCAGCGGCACAAGCUCCACCCUGCAGACCCCUCAGCUGUCCUGUGAAGAUGAAGCGCCGAUCAGCUUUGAGCAGCCGGUGGAGGGCACGCCACUGCCCAGCAUCAACAAGAGUCGGGCCAGACUAUCGUUCAAGCGCCGGCUGCCCACACGCCUGCACAGGAAAUCAGCAAGCGAAGAAAACAAAGUGCAAGAGGACAGCAAUUCUCAACUCGAAACUGUACAGCAGAACGGAGAAGAUCUGAUCUGUGGGCGUUUGCAGGAGGACAACGAAGAAAAAGAAAACACUGCUGACUCUGCUCAAACCAGGACAGAGGACAGAGCAAACCAAGAAACUAAUACAGGAGACCAGGAGGAGGAAUGUGAAGCUUCUGACUGUAAACAAGAAGAAGAAGAGAAAGAAGAGGCGGAGGAGGACAGGACAGAAGUGAAAGAGGACACGGUGGAGAAAGAGGCAGAGUAGAAGUAUUAAGUUAAAGGUCAUCAGAAGUGGAGCGCUUUUGUUUGGGUUUGUUUGCUUGAAGACGCUGUAAGUGUUGCUUUAGAAAACUAAAGUAGUGAGAUUGACUGACUCCUGUUUAAUUAAUGGAGAUAAUAAUUCAUAUUUAGGUGGAUUUGCAGAGAACUGACUCAAAAUAUCCGUAAAUUAGCAGUUUUCUAUAUGUUGUGAUUCAUGUUUUAUUUUUAUUUAUGCUGUUUAGUUGCAUUAUGAGAUCUUGAUCUUUCUUCCAACUUUUAA